AUGACCGCCCUCAAGUCCUCCACCUGCUGCGCCAAGGGCAACGUCGAGUGCGCCUGUGCCAAGCAGGCGACGUGCUCCUGCGGCAAGCAGUCGGCUCUCCACUGCACCUGCGACAAGGCGUCGGCCGAGAACAAGGUCGAGGGCCCCCGCUGCUCAUGCCGUGCUCGGCCAGCCGGCGAGUGCACCUGCGACCGCGCCGCGACGGAGAACACAAAGCCGACCGGCUCAACGUGUCAGUGCGGCGCACGUCCCGUCGACGGCUGCACGUGCGAAAAGGCCAGUGAUGGUGGUUACAACCCCGCCAACGAGACUGAUUUUACGACAAAGAAAUGA